AUGGAAGAUCAUAAAAAAGAUGAUACAAAAGAAGCUAAAAAAAUUAGUUCAAAUACAAAAAUUAAAAAUCAAAAUGAAUAUAAUUUAGAAGGAGGACAAAAAGGAAAUGUUCAUCACACUAAUAAAGAGCAGAAAGCUUCUAAUAAGAUUCCUCAAAAAUAUAAUACAAAAUCAAAUGAUAAAAAUAAUAAUAAAAAAAAUGAAGUAAAAGGAAAUGUUGGAAUUUCUGGAGUAUUUAUUAAACAACCAUCACAAUGUGCAAAACAAUCAACAGGAAAUGCAAAUAAAGUACAUUUGAAAGAUUCACCUACACACCAGAAAGAUGUAUUGGUUAAAAAAGCUUUAAAUAAUGAAACCCAACCAGCUGGUUAUGCAAAACCACUUUCUAAUAAUGGUAAUGUUAACCAAAUUGCUACCAAAAAAGAAGCUCAACCAGAGUAUGAAAAUCUUGAGAUUUUAUUCAUUUAA